AUGGCUAUACCUAAACGUCCACUUCACGCUGCUUGUAGCCGAAGAAGAUCCGUCCUGAACAAGGAGAGAAAUCGCCUCAAGAAGUCAAGCCGAAUGUCUUCCGACAUAAUUUUAUCAUUUAUGAAAUUGACAAAAACUGCUCAAAGAACAAGACUAACUGAUGAACAUUUAUCCUCUUUAAUAAAAGUCGGAACUACACAAAUAGCUCAGCCUGACUCAAAAAUUCUAAAUUCAACAUUGACACUCUACGGGAGGAGUAAGAACUGGAGUCAUCCAAUUAGUCGGCAAGGUCCCUCCUUUUAUUAUCAAAGAGUUGGUUACUACGGCAGAAUAGUUACUAACAAUACGAUAGAAUUUAAAGCAAGUCGUGGGUGGCUAGAAAAGUUUAAAUUACGAAAUGGUAUCAAGUUAAGAAAAUUUCACGGAGACAGUGGAUCAGUAAAUCAUGAUGAAAAAUCUAUUACUGAUUUUAAUGAAACAAUGAGUUUAAAAAUUGAACAAUAUGGAUUGGACAAUGUUUAUAAUGCAGAUGAAACUGGUGUUUUUUACAAGGCGAUUCCUUCCAAAAGUGUGUGCACUAAAUCACGGCCUGGAAUAAAGUUGUCGAAGGAUCGAUUUUCGUUACUAUUAUGUGCAAAUUGUUCUGGUUCCGAUAAAAGAAGGCCUGUAAUGAUAGGAAGAUUCAAAAGUCCAAGGUGUUUUAAAAAUUUCAACAUUGGAAAAUAUGUUACCUACACCCAUUCCAAUAAGGCAUGGAUGAACCGUGAAAUUUUUAACAAGUGGCUCAGUGAUUUUGAUUGUGAACUUGCGAAGAAAAAAAGAAAAAUUCUACUUGUAAUAGAUCAAUGUCCAUCUCAUCAAAUUAUUGUCACGUUAAACUCAAUUGAAAUUCUUUUUUUGCCUUCUAGAACAUCUUCGCUCUUACAACCAAUGGAUCAAGGAAUUAUAAAAUGCUUUAAAGCCGAAUUUACCAAUUUGAAAAUAAAUGAUAUAAUCGAAAAGGUUGAGGCAGGGGAAAAUUGUCAGAAUGCAAUUAAUGGAAUCACCCUUAAAACUGCUGCGACAUUAACAUUCUUCGCUUGGAAUAAAGUUACUCCUACGACCAUCAAAAAUUGUUUCCGUCAUGCACAAUGGAUAAAAUGUGAAACAAUCACAAUCAACAGUGAAUCUAAGAACUAA